UUAAUGCUGAAAACCCACCCAUGGCUGUGGUUCGGAAAUUUGUCCACUUGCUUGAUCAGAGUGACCAAGAUUUUCAGGAGGAGCUUGAGCUAAUGAAACUGCGUGAGGAAGUUGUAACCUUGAUCCGAUCGAAUCAGCAACUGGAAAAUGACCUCAAUCUCAUGGACAUCAAAAUUGGGCUGCUAGUGAAAAACAAAAUUACGUUGCAGGAUGUUGUUUCUCACAGCAAAAAACUUACCAAGAAGAACAAGGAACAGCUCUCUGACAUGAUGAUGCUGAACAAACAAAGGGGAGGUUUGAAAGCUUUGAGCAAAGAGAAGAGAGAAAAGCUGGAAGCCUAUCAGCAUCUGUUCUACUUACUUCAGACUAACCCAACCUACUUGGCCAAGCUGAUUUUUCAGAUGCCUCAGAACAAAUCCACAAAGUUCAUGGAUUCUGUCAUCUUCACGCUGUAUAACUAUGCAUCCAAUCAAAGAGAGGAAUACCUGUUGUUGCGGCUUUUCCAAACAGCGUUGCAGGAAGAGAUCAA